GUUUCUUCAAUGACGAAAUGUCUUAUUGUAUUUAGCAGAGUAUAUGCGUCCAUAAAUCAAUAUUGUGUUAUUGUGACGUUGGUGACGUCAUGUCAAGUAUGGCGGCUAAACAAAAGCGUGGAAGUUUGUGCAGACGAAAAUAACCACAGAAUAUCAGAAUUCGUCUACUCGGGAAGGUCGCAAGUUUCAUGCUGUGACAACCGUUUCAUACUAUUCUGAAGAUUAUCGGAAAGAUGUGAGAGAGAAGUGUUAACGACAUUGAGCUUGCAGCCAGGCUUCUGGUUUGUUUACGAUUUUGACUUCUGAUUUAAAGCAGGUGCGUGUUCCGUUGAUCAGCUGUUCAAGGCUGAGCGGUAUGGAAUCAGUAAAAGCCGACCCCGAGGUGAAGCAAGCGGCCAGUAUGGCCGAAACGGGAGAUGCAUCAAGCAAAACUUUCAAGGUGGCGUAUCUUGGGUCAUCUUGCAUGGAUAGACGCCAUACCCAGAGCGUUCAGCCGUGGGUUAUGGCCGAGAUUCGACGGCGAAAGGAGGGAGCGAGGGAGGUGACACUUGAGGUGUUGUCCCACAGUCUCAAAGCAACAGGUUGUGACGACAUUGGAACUGAUGUAUUGUUUGAACACAAACUGCAGGAGUUGACCAGAUUUGCUAAACUGCAUCAGGAACCAAGAUGUUUUGCUUAUCUCUCUCGUCAACAGCUGAACAGUGAUGACUUCGAAUGUCAUGUCUUCAUGGCACAUGAACCGGACACUGUCCCAGAAAUAUUUAACUCCAUACGCGAAGCUACAAAAGACUUGACCAAAGAAGCAACUCACGAAAAGGUUGUUAACUUACCCACCAAUAUGGGAGAAGGAACAUUUGACCAAUCAAAAACAUUCUUUGAGGUCAUGUUUAUUGGCCGAACUCAGGUGGCAACAAGAAAAGUCCCGACGUCAUUCAUCGAUGAACUUGUGGAAAGGUUCGAUGCUAGAGGAGAAGAACAGAGGCUCCGUGCUCAAGAACAAGAACAAAGACAACGACAUGCUAGCGGAACCAGUGUUAGGAGUUUACCUGCGUCUCUUGAUGAUGUGGUUAGUGUUACGGAAAAUAACUUAAGUCGGCAACAUGAACGACUUCAACUCCAAUAUGACAGCGCAGAGAGUAGCACAGAUGAACUUGCGAGUGGAGAUACCUAUGGAAGUUCUUCGGAGAAUGUUCAUGGUAGUUCCAAUGGGGUGUUAAAUUCAUGUCAAGGUCACGAACUUAAGGUCGGUCAGAGUGUCGAUAGUGACGGGAGUAAAGAGCACUUGAAUGGCGAGGAAGAGCAGGAAGUGUUUGUUUCUCGUUCGUCAAAUGUCUUAAAGAAAGAAGCUCCAAGACACGAAGCAAGUAGGGUUAUGCUGCUGCAGAUCGGCAGGAAGGAUCUCACGCUCAUCAGCCCAGACAAGAAGCAGCCCGUUCUUGAGAGGAAGUUUAAGGACAUUUCGUUUGUGUCUCAGGGAAGUACCAAGCAGGAUGUAUUCGGUAUCAUUGCUCGCGAGCCCAAGUUGACGUCUGCUCCAAGUCGAGAUCACAACAAGGCGGAGCUGACGCACAUCUUCAACUGCUAUAUUCUCCGAUGCUUCAGUGAAUCAGUGGUAUCGGAAAUCAUGUGCGCCCUACAGACUGCAUUUGCGACAGCCCACAAAGACAGCAUCGCGUCCAAGUCUUGUAGCAACAGCUCCUCCCAGCGUUCAGCAUCUCACAACCAGAUCUGUAUUCGAUGUCCGCUACAUCAACUCGAGAAACUCUGUCAGGAAAUUAAUGGUUUGAGUCCACAUGCUGCCUAUGACCUGCUUGUGAAGAGAGUACAGAACCUCACCGAGAAUGAAAUUGCAGCCAUUUCCAACACACUCAAGGUGGAGAACCCCAAGGGUUAUGAAGAGAUGGUUGAGAUCCUCAUGAUAGAGUUGAGGAAGUUGUGUGAGAAGAAACAGAAGGAACAUGUCCACAUCUCAGAUGGAGCCAAGCAGUGCAAGAAUGAGUUCAACAUCCUUGACGACAAGAGCGUGCUUGUGAAGUUUGAUACGUUCAAGAAUAAAGCAAAGAAAAGUCUGGCCAAUUCUUUUGAGAGUUUGUUGAGGGGUCGGAAACGUGAAGAUGCAAAGGAAGCUUUCCGUCAUCGGAGUGGGACAAGCGACAGUGAGAGCAGCUGGACCAGGUCUAUGGACUCGUCCACCGCCUCUACACCUGAUGCGUCCCCACUCCCAUCACCCAUCAGUACAGAUGCCCACCACCACUUCCCCAGCCCCCCAGCCUCCCCCGAGACGCCGCGGCGACUAAGCUCAACAGUUGGUGCUAUACCUGACCCCGCCAUCUCCGCCAGCAGACGUAACAUGGUCCAGAAGAGGAGGCGGGAUGUGAACCACAACUCCCACUCCCAGAAUCGGCAAAAUGCCAGCAUCAGCCCCAUGAAGAACAUGUUUUUGUUGGCCGGUAGUCCAAGCCCUGGCUGCGCAGAAAGUACCUCCUCAUCGCUGUCAACAACACUGCCAGAUGAGUUUACACCGUAUCGGGAAACGAAGUUCCUGGAGACAGGCGAUAUUCAACAGAGUUGUCACUCCUGUACAGGUCCCAGAAUCUCCAACUUUCUCUGCCAAAAUCUGCUGACAGACAGCAAUGAGACGCAUAGUGACUACGACCCUCCGCGGACACUGACACCCACUAAGAUCAGAUGUCUGUGGAAAAAGGCCAUCUUGGAAACGUUGCUUCUCAUACGCAUGGAGAAGGAAAACCAGUCUCUGAGAGGCUAUUUCAUACUGUAUGGCUCACGGUCAGUAGUGGUGUUCAAAGCUCGCCAAGAUGAAAUGGACCAAAAACGGCAGAAGCUCGACUACCAGGAAGUGACGCCAUGUUUGAAGGAUGUCACCAAGGUGUGGGAGGAACUACUAGGCGCCGAACACAGGAUUACAACCAAAAUAGCUCAAGACAAACUACUGGACUGUGUCAAGAAGGGUGUACCACGAAGUCUUCGGGGGGAGAUCUGGAAUCUGCUGGGUGAACAGCAACGUCUCCACAAUGCCAGCUGCCUCAUGCAACUCCCUCGCCACCAUCUGGCCUACUGUGAUCUCUUGAAGCAACUCACCACUCAUCAGCAUGCCAUCCUUAUAGAUCUUGGUCGUACAUUCCCGAGUCACCCGUACUUUGCCACACAGCUGGGACCAGGUCAGCUGGAGCUGUUCAACAUCCUCAAGGCCUACAGCCUGAUGGACCAGGACGUGGGCUACUGUCAGGGCCUCAGCUUUGUGGCUGGAAUCCUCAUCAUGCAUCUUGAAGAGUGUGAGGCCUUUGAGGUACUGAAAUUCCUGAUGUUCGAGUUGGGCCUUCGACAGCAGUACCGACCCAAUAUGAUGGCACUACAGAUCAAACUGUAUCAGCUGACACGGCUCCUUCACGACCACCACAAGGAUCUGUACAACCACUUUGAGACUCACGAGAUCGCCCCUACUCUGUACGCCGCCCCGUGGUUCCUGACGCUUUUUGCCUCACAGUUCCCACUUGGCUUCGUGUCGAGGGUGUUUGAUAUGAUCUUCAUUCAGGGCACAGAUGCCCUGUUCAAGGUGGCGCUUGUGUUGCUAGGCAACCACCGCGAGCUGAUAAUGCAGUGUGAUUCAUUUGAGAGUGUGGUUGAAUUCUUGAAAACAACCCUGCCAGACAUGGUGCAUGUUCAGAUGGAGAGAGUCGUUAACCAGGCCUUUGAGCUGGACAUCACAGCUCAGCUGCGAUCCUACGAGGUGGAGUAUCACGUGCUAAGAGAGGAGAUGAUGUACUCCCCACAACGAGGCGAGUCCGACCUUGUCAUCAAACUAGAGGGCAUUAACCGUAACCUACGGCAACAGAACAUGGAGCUUCUAGAGAAGCUACAACAGGCUCAUGGACAGUCGCACAGCCUCGAGAUCACCGUGCAUAACUACCAGGUUGGCGAGGCCAAACUCAAGUCGCACAUUCGUACACUUGAACUGGAGAGAUCUGCUCUUUUGAACGCUGUCACCAAACUGCGUCAACACGUUUCAGCAGAGGAGUAUGAAAAGUUGGAUCUCACUCUUCCGAUUUUUUCGCCUUCAUUGCCAGUUAGUCCUGUUCAUGGAUUCAUUAACCAUAGACUUCCUGUGUCCAAAUCAGCCAAUCAGCCGUUAGCUGAUGAGCAUGGUGGGAAAACUUCGCGACACAUAGACAGUACAAAACAGGACCAAAAGCCCAGACACGCGGCACUUACAAAGCAUAGUUCACAUUAGCAUGUAUUGUGGUGUGGUGGUUGGAUGGAGGUAGAUUUGGCUUGGCAGUUUAUUUUGUAAAUGUUGAUGUAACAUACUUUGAAGUGAGCUAACAUGAACUUAUUGAUAUUUCUUGUUAUUUCUCCACUGUGUUCAUAGUGGAUUGAUCUGAAGAUAUUGAGAGAUUAUUUUUAUGCUGAAUCUCAUAUCAGUGCAAUAUGUUUGCUCAAGUCUUCGCUUGGGAGCUAAGAACAAUUAGUGGGUCCAGUGCCAGCUAUACAACAUAUGCUCAAGAACAAAA